GGCGCGGGCUCCUCUAAGGUGGCUUAUACUUACACGCUCGCUCUCCCGUGCGCGCCAAAGAAAAUCCGCUUCUUUCGACGCGCGGUGCGCUCGGCAUUCGCGCGUACGCGAGUCACGCGCGAGCAGCUCUCGAGGAAAAGUCUCGCGUCGAUAUCUCGUCUUCGAGGUGAAUCAUUGAAAGUGCGGCAUUUCGAAGAGAGCUAAUUGGAUACUCGGGAGUGAAAGCUCUAGGAUUUCGAGAUGUUAAUAUUCGGACGGACAUCCAGGAAGAUUGAGAGAAGAACAAAGGACCGGGGAAAAAUAAUCCGAAAAUCCAGAAGCAAUAAUGUGAACUGAUGAGGAACUGAAUUACAAGUAGAUGAGAAUCAGUUUAAUUUGGUGUGCCGUGGAGUUUUAUCGAGAUCGAGGAAUAAGAAUAAAAAUUGGAUGUCUACGGAUUUGAUUUAAAAGAAUAAGUGAAUGGGGUGGAGCUCGCCAAUUGAUUUCUGUUAUUGUUAUACGCGCGGAAGUUGCCUAUUCUGAUCGAAGAAAUUUCGAUCGAAUGCUAAACUUGGAGAGAAGAUGGAUGAUAGAUCGUUCAAUCAGAAAGAAAAUUUGCAACUGAAUUAAUGAAGAAUAAAAAUAUCUAGGAGAAGCAUCUAUUUGAAAUUGCAUUAUCGUGGCAAACAAAGUACAUUUUAUUGUGAAGCGCCGGAAGUCUCGGGGAGCAGCAAAUAACAUCGUCGAGUAAUCAAGGCAGCGGUUGAAUAAAUUGGAUCGGUUGGGGAUAUUACAAGAAGAGGGAGAGAAAAAGGACGGUUGAAAAAGGACGCACGAGGAAAGUCGCCAUUAAGCUAUAUGGCAAAGAAAAAGCUUCCUUCCCGCGAAAAAGAAAGGAAACGAUAAAUUUGCGGGAGACGUUGUACAUUAACUUCCAUUUCGGAGGCAAUGCGCGAAAAUUUGAAAGUGUCGUAUUCGUGAUAUAUUAUCCGCAGUCUCGUCUGAAAAAUCGAAGAAAACGAUCGACACACCGUUCCGCAAUUUUCUCCUCGAGGCAAAUACGCCGAACAUUUCGGUUCGUCAGCGCAAAUUUUUUCGUGGAAAACCCGUUGAACGAGGAAAUUUAAUCCGUAGUCGACUUCAAAUGCGUUCUCUUUUCAUGCGCAACCGCAUGAAGAAUUGAGGAAUUUUCACUGCGCCGAACAAUAAGCAUUUUCGCGUGAAAGUGACAAGAUGAUGACGGCCUUUGAGAAAAAAGAAGAUCCUGUGAUUUUCGUGGGCGAGACAAAAGGUCUGGUCUGUGAAACGGAAGUCCGUCGCGAGGAAGAAUGCUAAUUAACCCAAUUCCUCCCGGAGUUGCGUUAACAAACCGGCGUACAUUUUAAUUCGUUGUAUUUAUCACCCGGCGUUUCCUUAAUUACAGUGAAAUCAUUGUCUCGUGCAUCAAUUACAAAAAAGGCGCGCGGAAUCAUAAAUAUAAAUUAGCGUGUCUCAACGAGUAAAGCAGUCUCCGUGCGAAGAAAUUAGCGAAACUAAUUUGAGAUAAACUGCCGCAACGUCUUAAUGAAGGAGAACUAAUGAACUUUGUAAUCUUAUAAAGUGCUCGGCGUGUCCGACGCGCGACAGCUGGCAGUCUGUCAUCGCCGGUGCUCCUUCUCGUGUAAAACAAAGAAUUUGCUGAUGUGCGACGAAAAGACUUUCAAUUUGUACAAGAAAUCGCGUCUUGGGUGGUCCUCAAAUCUCGGUCAUCAUUCGCACUUCUUUUCUCGCGAACAACACAGUAUGCUUUUUUUAUCAUUUGCGAGCCAGUAUAAGUCUUAAAUCAUAAACUGACGAUUAUAGUGAUCGACCCCGAACAUGGGCGAGAGGAUUUUACCUAAGAACGCCCAUUAUCCGAGGCGACACGCAGGUUGAACGGACGUGGGGCUUGUCAUUGUCGAUAAUUCGUUCACUAGGGUGACCAUCGAGGGUGAAAACAGGAGACUCGAAAUUUGUGAAAGUAUUCGUCAGAGAUGGUCAGCCAACACGCGAUGGCCACCACCGUCCGCAAAGUUAAGCAGGAGAAUCGUCUCAGGCGGCAGAAUCAGAGCCAAGAUGAAGAGGGGCCUUACAAGCCAGUGCCACCACCGAAACCGGUGUCGAACAAUCAGAAGAAUCAGGACGUUCAGCAGGACGAACACCGGGAGCAGCCGGUAGCCGACCGUCCAUCAUUGCGUACGACUUCCGGUCCGGAAAGGACCAACGUCUCCGAGGACGGGCAAGUUCGUAGUGCAGCCGGGCAGCCCUUCGCACCAGAAUACAGGAUGCCACCCUUGUACGGGGAGGAGCAGAGUUCGGGUCAGGCUCAACAGGCGGCCAGUUUGCAAACUCAUAGCAGCAAGUUCCCGAUCGAACGCGAGUUGAUCCUGUCAUCGGGAGACAAGAAUUCCAAGAUCCCCAUUCUUCACGAGUACAAACAGAGAACUUCCGGAAGAGUCGCCAUCGCACCGGAUGCGCCGAUCAAGCAACAGGCCUGGGUUCAGGAGGGAACUCAGAUGCAGGAAGUAAGACAGGACGGCCAAGCGAGGAACUAUCAGUCACAGGACGCCUACUCAUCGACGUCUAGCGGAGCGGUGCCGAGAACGACAAAGAUUGACGAAGAAAAGACAAAGUCACUCUCCAGAACUUACCAUACAAUUAAGGACAUGAUCUCAAGCCGUUUCGGGCCGAGUCGCAAGGACGUCGAGCCGGAACCGGAAGCCAGUUUGAACAACGUCACGGAGGAGCUGCGAAAGUCGAGCAGGAGCAUCGACGAUGACGAGGCCAGGAAGAAGGAAGGGAUUUACGGAAAACCCCGCGCUCAGGAGCCGUCGGUUAAUGUGCAACAAUAUUCGAAGAAUGCUUACGGUCAGUAUGGCCAUUCAUACGGCUAUCAAAGCAACCAACAAAACGUACCUCUACCAGGCCAACUGCAGCCAACCGCAACCAUUCAGCCGAAUUUACCGGGACAGAGCGCUCAACUUCACGUGACCCACCACACCCCGCCAGGAGGAAUUCAAACAGUUCAUCAAACCCAAGUUCCUGCUUUCGGCCAAACCGCGACAGGUGCGCAGCAGGUGCAAAAUGUUACGAGGGAGUACAUGGUUCAGGCACCGGGCGGUAUGACCGGACAGCAAAUACAUCAGGGAAUCCAUCAGAAUCCCACGCAAGCACAGGGGCAAGGCACGCAAGUGCAAAAACCACACGGUCUAUCCGUGCAACAGCAUCAAGUGGGCAAUGCGAUGCCGUCGACGAGUCCGAGCUUCCAGAGCUCCCAGCAGUUGCUCCAUCAGAACCAGAACCAUCACCAGAGUCCGCGAUUCGCGCAGCAGCACGCCCAGAACAUGCAUCAGCGUCAGCAGUUGAUUCAGCAAAUGCACCAGCAGCAAAUGGUCGGCCAACAGGGCUCGCAGACUGCGAGCGCCCGAAAUAUGCUGCAGUCGUACUUCCCUAACAGCGUGUCCUAUCAGCAGUAUCAGCAGGCGCGACAGGCGAUGUCGAGAUCGCAGAUUGAUCUUCCGAGCACGUCAAGACAAGCGCAAGAACUCCGGGUAUCGGGCCAAGAAGUCUACUAUCAUUACGCCCAAGGAAGACCUCGUUACGGCGUUCCCCAGGUAUACAUGAAGACCGAGAGCAAUCAGGAAACGGAGUUUCAGAGGCGGAACUCCGCGAAGGGUAUCGAGAAGGCGGCUUCGCAGCCGCAGCUCUGUUACGAGGACGAACGAAACGCCGAGGCUUCGAAGAAUCCUACAGAGAAUAUGAAGAACUUAACGGUGGACCCGCUGGAUAAAGAGAGAUAUGAGAUUACAGUGGAAGAUCGAAGUCAGUGUGAGCCCGGGAGAAACGGAUUACAAAGGAACGAGGAGUACCGUCCGGAAACCAGCUUCGGCAUUCGGAGAGACGAGACGCGAUCCUCUAAGAGGGAGCAGGAGCAGGGAUCGUCGGGUCAAGAGGGCGGUCAGGAUACGACGGAGGGAAACUCUGUGCAGAAGAGGAUCGAAGAGUUGCAGAAGAGAGCGGAGCAAGAGGGUCAUUUUAACUCUAAGCCACUAAAAGACGACGCGGACGGCUUAAGGGUCGGCCUGGCUACGAAAAUGAUCGGCGAAGCAUCGAAAAGGCUCGAUGGUGGUGGACAAUAUAGCGGUAAGGAGCCCGUUGUGAAAUCAGAUAGGAAAGACGAUCUGGAGCAGGGUAUCGGCCGACUGAAGAUCCAGAAUCAGGGCUCGGGCUCAGAUUACGACAAGGCCGGCCAGAGUUCUUCGAAUGUCGAUUCCGGAAGGGGCUCCGCGGUCUAUUCGAGUGGAAGACGCCCGCCGCCAGAUGAUCAAACUUUGGCGCAAGUACAAGAUUCCGAGUGGGUAGACAUAGUGGAGUCGGAGUUGAGAAGUAUUUUGGAGCCCAGGGACGUUCCAGCGAUGGCGCACUCCACCCUGUCCGAAAGUGUAUCUUCGGUAACACCGCCUCUGCCACCGCUGUCACCCCAUGACAGCCCACGUACGCCGAGAAAUCGAUACUCAACGAGUUUACCGUAUGGAUCGAAACCAAAUUACAGCGAUUAUAACAAGGCUAUGGAAAAGAGAGGUUUUUCGAGCGGCACAAAACAUCGUGGCGCUUCGACGUCCAAGAAAGAAACCGCGAAAAAGUUUUCUCAUCUCUUCGGAGUAGAAGCUGCUGAUUUAACAUCCACCACGACAGGACUUGACUUGGAUUCCAUGUUAGACAGAAGUGACUCCGAUCUUAGUACCACCGAUGCAAGGACAAUCAGGAAACAGUUGGAAGGAUUAGAAAAUAUGUACAGCGAAGUACUUAAAUUACUCGGCGGGAGCGUGAAAAAGAGGCGGAAGGCGAGAGGACUCACUAGUUAUGGCUCGGUUUCGUCGUUGCCGACAUCUUCCGUGUCAUCAAGGCCUGUCACGAGGCAUCACGACAAACGUAGGUCCCAUGUGAUUGACGACAGGAUGAAAAAAGCCAAAGACAUUAAGAGCAUCAACAAGCGUUUUCAGCGACUGGAGUCGCAUGUGGUGACAUUAGCAAGAUCAGUGGCCCACUUGAGUUCGGAGAUGAGAACCCAGCAUUUGAUGAUUCAGGAAAUGGAGAGCAUAAAGUGCGAGAUUGCAGCCCUCAGAACACAAACGAGCAUGGCGAUGGUGAGGUCACAGUCGCAGCCAUUGAUCAAGGAUUCGGAACUGCCGGCACUUUCGAACCCUUCGAGGGUAAGGAAACUGACCAAGUUCUUCGGCACGGAGCCACCUCUCAUCAGACUGUUCCUGAGGGAACUUGGGUAUGAGAAAUACGCGGCUGCUUUCGAGAAAGAAAAAGUCGGGAUGGUGGAGUUGCCUUAUCUGAGCGAGGAGAGACUUCAGAAGAUGGGGGUUCCCCUGGGUCCAAGACUGAGGAUCCUUCAGGAAGCAAGGAUCUCAGUGUGCAAGGAUCCGAUUUACGUAGUAUAAAUCCUCAAGACGGCAUAGAAAUAUUUCGCGACACAAGCAGAGGAAUUGCGAGAAAAAUGUAGAUAAAGAAGAAAAUGAAGAACGAAGAUCUAUCUAUUCGUUUUGUGCCGUCGACCGAUGAACGCGUUAGGACGUUUCUCGAGGCGUUUCUCGUAAACGAACUCUCGAGCUCGAAAACGAUUUGUUUGAGCGACGGCUCUUUUCCUCGUUCCAAUCAAUAGCUAUCUGAAAGCUACGCUCGCCGAAACGCUGAAAUUGUUUCGCCUACGCCUUUGGGUCAAUAGAUUGUUUUGUCGUGAGUUUACCGCUAUACAUUGAUUCCAAGAGAAAAAGAUGCGACAAUGUAGCCAAUUAGUGAAAUGGUAAUUCAAUUAACAUAAAAGUGCUUUUGCUCGAUAAAAAUUUAAAUUUCAAAAAAUUACUUUUUGAACAUGUUUGCGCAUUGAAAUAACUAAAAAUUGGAUAUAGAAAAUGCUGUUAGCACAAAAAUUGAAAUAUCUAAAAAUAAUAUUUUUCUAAUAAUGUAUUGUUUAUUGUUAGCACAUAAAUGGCAUUUAUAAACUUUUACAUUGUUAGUAGCCGUCACAUAUAUCGGCUUUUCAAAUGAAUUUUCCGAAAAUACGCUACAUAUUGAUUAUUUCAGUUAAUUUCGAACGUAUUUGUUUUAGUUAUAUUUAUAUGACCUAGAUAUCGUCGUAAUCAUUCCUGGAAUAUUUCGCAUUUUCUCAUUAUCAUAAAUCGAUAAUGCGUUUCUUCGAAUAUUGCGAAAUAAUUGACUUACGAUGGAAGCUGAAGUAUACGCUUUGAGAUUAAAACACAGACUUACAAAACGUUGACAUUAUGAACUUUAAGUCAUAACAAAUUUGACGUUGUUUUGUAAAUUUUUUUUGCUGCAUCGAAAAGAUAGUAAUAAAUGAGCACCAACGAGAAGUGAAAACUUGAACAUAUAAUUAUAACAUAUAGGGUGGGUGCGAAAUCAUAGUACAAGCGAAAACAAGGUGCUUUCUCGUGCUAAAAUAAGAAAUUAUAGAAUAAUUUCUUUGUACGAGACUUCGUUUUGCAAAUAAACGAUUUUGAAAAUCUAUGAAGUACACGUGCAUUUGAUUAUGGGUGUGAUCCACUAGAUACUUCAAACGCUUCAGAGCAUUUUGUUCUUGUUUAACAUUUAAUAAACAACAAGAAUAAAAUGUUUCCAAGAGCAUUUGGAGCGUCAAAUGGAUCGCACCCCACAUCUCGACUAAUGGAUUUUGCUAUAAACUGCUGUUUCUAUUCGUGUUUUUGUUUUUAACAUGAAAAUUUUCAGACGACCACCGAUUGUGUACAUUAAAAAUUCCAUCUCUUGCAUAUCAUACUCUCGAUUACUGUAUUUUGUUAUCACGAGAACUUAACAGAAACUGAUAGCUCAGCAAGACAAUACGACUAAUAGGAAAUAAAUCAUAAUAUUGCUGAUGUCUACGAACAAAAAUAGUAGUUUAUAGCAAAAUCCAUUAGUCGAGACGAUAGUCAAGUGCAUGUGUACUCGAUAGAUUUUCAAAAUCAUUUAUUUCGAAAACGAAGCCUUGUACGAAAGAAAAUUAUUCUACAAUUUUGACUUAUUUCGGCACGAGAAAUCGCCUUAUUCUCGCUUGUACUAUGAAUUCGCACCCACCCUAUAUAAUUUUUAGAUAAAGCAAAUUUAACAGUUUACGAGGGGGCCAAUCAAAAUGUAAAUACGAUACUACUGAUACUAUCGGUAGUGCUAGGAGACUUAUGUCGUUCUUGUAUUAUACAAGAAGAGAAGUAGAGAUAAAAAGACGAUCCGCGAGGAUCUUGACUAUUUUCUCGUAUCGUUCGUUAAGUAAUGAGAUUAUACUGUAGAGAUUAUAUAGAGAUUUAGAUUAUUCGUGCGGGUUGAAAGCCGAUGUUACGGUUACCGUAUGCGGUAAUUCGUGGCGCUGAUAAAAUCGACAAUUAUACUCGAGGUAAGCCGCGCACAUUGGGAACAAUGAAUCUCACACAAGUAUGUUUGCCAAAGAGACGUACCGACAUCGUCGAAGUGGUAUGGCCGAGAUUUUUCUAUUUUGCGCAUUUUAAUAUAUUGCAAUAUCUUUUUCUCGAUAACGCCGCACGUUUUCGAAUAUCGAUAUCUUUAAUUAUUGCAUUGCAAAAGCCGAUACUUAAUUUUGCAGGACGCCUAUCUCCCGUGAACUGGAAUACCGUAUGUAAAUGUAAUUUAUAAAACGUAACGAGGCAACCGAGAUUUUUUUUCUUUAUUAGUUCCCAUUAGAUAUUUCGCAUUAUUUUAACAAUCCCGCUUUUUCUUGAGAUAGAUAAAAUUUAUACGGAACAACUAGAUAUAUCUGAUAUAUCUAAUGAUCUGAAAUGUUUUUUUCCGAUAUAUUCUUGUACGCUUUGUAUUUUUCACUAUCCGAAAUUUCGGUCGCAUGGCAGCAUGCGCCGCGUUAUGUCGAUACCAAAGAAUCGAUACCUGUUCCCUUGUCGCGACGACGACAACGACAACGAUAAUCGCUGCUUGUGAUCGCGGGUCACAGGAACGAGAAGAUACGUCACUUUGAUACUCGAGUAAAAGAAUUCUGUACUCUCAUUCGAGAAUACAGUAGACUCUCUGUAGACGUAGAAUUAUUAAUUGAUAAUAUGUAUUAUUAAUGCAUUGUUUAUAAAUCUGAUUAUGUACUUCCAGCAAUUAGCUCCGAUUAAUAUAUUAAGAAUGGUAGGCAAAUUAAGCUGCUAGCUGGUGCUACGUAUGUAUUUCUAUUUUGAUUUUUUCCUCUUACGUACAUAUUAAGUAUUGUACAGUUAAUAAGUUCUCUGCAAAUGUUUCUA